UAUGUGUAUGUCAAUGUCAUUUGUUGUGCCUGGCUGAUUUUACAGAUAUUUAAAUAGAUUUAUAACAUACUAUGCAGAAUAUAUAUAUAUAUAUUUUUUUAGAAGGCAAACGUGUGUGUGUGUGUGUGUGUGUGUGUGUGUGUGUGUGUAAAAAUUUCCUAACAAUUUCUGGUGUAAUUAGGCAAAGAACAAUUAUUACUGGUCAAAAGAUUUUGGCAAACUUUGGUUUAUUAAAAAAAAGAUCCACUGAGUCGUUUGGGAGUCAAGUUAUGAAUGAUCAUCUUUGUAUUUCUGGUCAAGAUUAAUUUCCUGUAGACAUACUGGUCUGUAUCUUGAUCGGCUAAUUGAACUUUCCACAGUUUAAUAGAAUGGAGAACGGACAUUUUUGUAUAAUUCCUUUGGUUGUACUAAUUUGUGUUAUUCGCUCACCUUAUGCCACACCAGUUAAUUUUCUAUGUUCUUUGUGGUCCGGACAGGUUAAAGUGGUGCCAGUGACUAGAAAAUGCUGCAGUUGCCUCUCAGGCCUCUUGUGCCUCUAUCGGCACUCGCUCUGCUCGGCUGGUGCUGGUACACCUUUAGGAGGAAGAGGAACCCAUGCGAGAGGGCUGAGGAAGGAUUGUUGUGCUCCUCUGCUGCUAGAAAGCAAAGUAUGGCGGCGAACGUUGCGAUACAGGAAGCCGCUGCCGAUGGAAGUGCACUGGCAGCACAGGAUGUGAUAAAACACUGCCAUUUUCACUCACAGGAAAAACAAGAGGGUGGCCAAAAUUUGGACUGUAACUUCUCUCAGCUUAGCAGUACCACGGAUGACUCGUCUGUCACGUCUGGGGCCUCACAAGCCACCGUUCUCGUCUCUACGCCGAUUGUACGACUUCUAAAAGGAAUUCGUCCGGAACCAGAAGGGGAGGUUUCCAGAGCUCAAGCGUCUCUACUUCUGGCCGAGAAGCCAGAAAUGGAGCCGGAAAAGCAGGACGACACCAUUAAAGGUCUCUCGGACUUUAAAGUGAUCGAGACUGAGGCUUUCGCAGAGCAGCCCACAAGGAUCGUGUGCCCUGAAGAACAUGGAGUCACUAACGGGUCUGAAAAGCGACGUGAAGGAGGCCCGAGCGAAGUCGAUGGGCUGGCCGUCGAGGUUCUCGACGGUGCUACGGGAGAGAUCCCGGCAAUCGGUGGUGGCAUUUUAAAAAGAAAAAGUCCCUCGGAACCGAGGGUAACUCCACAAAGCCAAGUGCGACUUCGAAAAGAAAUCGACGAGAAUAACAGUUUAGCGGUCACUAAGGAAGAUCUUGGUGCUCUUACUCAGACAGCGGAGGAAAGCGUCUCUUCGGCACACAAGCCGAGUAACCCCCCUUCAGCGUUCCCAGCAGGAGAGGAUUCAGGUUGUAGCACGUGGCGUUCAGAGGAUAGCGUAGACGCAGAGAAAGCUUCAAGCAAGUCUCGAGCUGUGGAGAAGACAUCAUCCGCUGUUCCGUUAUCUUCAGGAAGUCGUUACGCCGUAGCCCGAAAAAAUGAAAAACUCUCAAGACAAAAGUCAGAUGCCUCUAAAGGUGCUAACGGAGUACAGUGUGUGAACGGAGAGAGCAGAGUCACCAGCAAAAGAGCCACGCAGUCUAGUUCACCCCACACUCUGUGGAACAUCGAGGUGCCAUCUCACCUCAUUGGGCGAUUAAUUGGAAAGAAAGGGACGUAUAUCACUUCCUUGAAGGAAAGUUCUGGCGCGAAGAUCUACGUGUCAACUCUUCCAUACACGUACGAGUUUCAGGUCUGUCACAUCGAGGGGUCUGAGGCGCAGGUGGAAAAAGCUCUGGCGCUGAUCAGAAAAAAGUUCAAAGAUUUGGAUUUGAGCAACCGGCUGAGCAGUUUACAAUCUGCUGCAGUCCAUCCACUACCCGUCACUUCCUGGCUACUGCUCCCUCAGGACAGAACUGUGGAGGUAAUCGUACCUCGGGUGGAGGCUGCAAACUACCUGUUUGUUCAGCAGCACACACACCCCACCUAUUACGGCCUGCACGGUCUCUCAGAGCAGAUGCUCUUCUGCUACAGCCAUUCAGGAUGCCCCAGCCUGCCCACUCCUGUGGAAGGUACAUCAUACCAGCAAGCUCUCUAUAUACACACACACACACACUGCAUUCAGGUCUUGCCCUUUCCUGUUGGGUAUCUCCCCUUCAGCUUGACUUUUACACAUCCUGAUUUGGAUCCACUCUGUCCUUUACGUAAUUUUUUUUUUUUUUUUUUUUUUUUUUUAACAAACGUACACAAUACAUGCAAACAUCUCAAUUCUGAGCUUUUGAAUAAUAUCGUUUCCAUCUUCCUCACAGCAGGAGUGUUGUGUGCGGCCCCGUCUCCCGACGGUGCCUGGUGGAGAGCUCAGGUUAUCCAGCAUUACAAAGACUCCAACUUCGUACAGAUCAGAUACGUGGACUACGGAGGCUACGUGACCGUUCACCUCGCUUCUCUGAAGCAGAUCAGGUCUGAUUUCAUGACAUUGCCUUUCCAAGCGUCUGAAGUUAUGUUGGAAAACAUCGCGCCUUCGCCAGGAACGGGGAAGUUUUCAACUGAAGCCAAAGAGGCUCUUGAGGAAUUAACACAAGGCGUUCCUUUAAUCAUGAAGGUGACUGGUAGUCAGAACGGACUGCCCUUAGUGCACAUGUGGAGAUAUAGAGGAGAAGAGAGUGAUAUCUGCAAGGAACACGUGCUACAAUCCUCGAUCUAGGAAAAGGAUACCGCGCCGAUAUUAUUGACAUCCGGUGCUUUUUAGAAGCUCUCGAGUUCGAUCGUCAGAAGAUUGGUUAAUGACCCAGUGCUUGAAGUCUCAAGUCAUCACCUGUACACGACCAGUUAGAAACUUCGGCCCUUCUUCCCAGGACCUCCAGAUUUACACUGAGGAAUCAAAACAG